UCGCGCGUGGUGGAUGUUAGCUAAAUUUUCGCCGCUCUUCUCAGCCCAGGUUCAUGUUAGAACCAUUUGAUUUCCAAGGGGGAGUGAGUGAAAUAUUAUCCUGAUGGAUAUUAUUGUUCUUUGGCUUUGUGCAGUUUAACUCUCGUCCGUCGGAUGGAACGAGUUUGAUCGGUUUUUGUGUGUUUCUGAGCCGGAUGGUGGCUAAAUUGUGGUAGUUGGACGGGUUAAAGUGAAUUAUAAAUUGUUUUGAUAAAAGAGAGUACCAUUGAUGUGAUGAUUUGGUUGUUGGUCUGAACACAGGAAGCUAAUGAAUGUGCUGAAGUCUGGAGCGUAGACACAGAUUUUUGGCGCGUUUGCGCGCAAUACUCCACCAUUCCGCCGGUGGUUUUGUUGUGAAUGUUGCUGGUCCUGAUCGAUAUCCACCAGUGGAAGUUUAGUGAAAAUAGUGUCAUGUACACAAAGCUGCACUUGAAGUGAACGGAUGCAUUGCCCUCCCAUCGACAGAAGAAACAUAUACCGGUUAAGCAGCAGAAAUCCUUUUUAGGGAGAGCGAUCGCUUGUGCAAGUAGAGUUUCAAAAGAAGUGGGGCUUUUUUAGCAACGAAGGAAGAGUUGAAUGAAAAUAAGCCCACAUGGUGAAAUGGCCAAACGAGUGAUGUGAAACAUAAUGAAGAAAGCACUCGGGAUCUAAAAUAUUCAGGAAGGAAGAAAGAGUAGGAGAGGAUCAGAAUCCAGCAGUGUACAUGUAAGCAAAAUUAAAGCUGCAGACUGUUAUUACUGAAAACGGAACACAGGCAGUUAUGUUUACCAAUACUAGUGCGAAGGAGUGACCUUUUACGGCUGGAAAAGGAAUAGUGCUACGUUUUGAAGGGAUUCGUAGAAAGCGCCGAAGAAAAAUAAUCCCGCAUAGAAAGUGGUGUUUGUACGCUAUGAGUUCUUAUCGCUGAUCUUUGUUGAGGAGAGUGAAGUGGAUUAAUUGCUGAACUUAAUACAGAUUCAGGCCUGCAGAGGAAAAACCGAACUGCAUCCAGCAUCGAGCGGGACGAUAGAAUUUGUUUCGGAAACAAGACUUGCUUUGAGCCGAGGUUCGGUGAACUGAUGCAGAAGUGAAAUUUUAAUUAUUACUAAAAGUUAACCUCUGGCUGGGCUGGUCUUGCACCAGCACUAGAGUGGAAAGCGGCAAUAGUCGGAAAGGAAGUAACAAUAUUAGCAGAUGAACCUGGAACAUCUCCGGUGCUCGAUUUGCUUGUGCAGUAUCUGGCAGUGGCGCUUGCAUGUUGUGAAAGUUUUUUUUGUAUGCACUGGUCUCAUCGAAAUGCGAAACACGUGCUGAGCAGUGCUGCGAAAAGUGUAUCGCAGGAGCAGCGUUAUGAAAAUUAAUUGAAUACAGAAUUUUCCGGUGCCGCCAGCGGUGGUGGAGAGAGUGCUAAAAUUUAUAAUUAAAUUAGUGGAAAAUAGUUUUUCGGGUUGCUUCGCCGGCUGCUGGAGAGUUUCCGUGUGGUGGACUCUCUGGGCAAGUUGUUGAAUUGUGCAUAGUAAUUUGUGCAGAAUGUGCGGCAUUUAAUAGCAGUGAUCGUAACGACCAGACGUAACACGAUGUCGCUCCUGGGUGGGGAGUCCAAACAAAUAAUCGCUAAUAAGCUAAAAGUGUGAAAAUCUCGCGUGUCAUUUCGUUUUUCCAUGUAUGUGCAUAAUUGAAUGAAAUCAUAUCGGGAAUAUUCGAUUAUUGAAUAGAAUAACAACAUCACAAAGGGGGAGAAAUUUAAUGUGCGGAGUGCCAAAAUGGGCAGUGCCAGGUAUUGGUCCAUACCGCCGUUCAAAAUGUUAGUUCUAGCGGUGAUUUUGCUGAGCUUGGCCGGCCAUUCCUUGUGCGAACCGUACGGCGGUGGACACUAUGGGCAGAACGGCGAGAUGAUGCGGUGCCCCAGGCUUUGCUCCUGCACCGGGCAGACGGUGGACUGUUCGCAUCGUGGACUCACGCAGGUGCCGAGGAAGAUUCCACUGGAUACCGAUAGACUGGACCUGCAGGGCAACAACAUCACCGUCAUCUACGAAACCGAUUUCCAGAGCCUGUCGAAGCUGCGAAUAUUGCAGUUGACUGAUAACCAAAUCUAUACCGUGGAAAAGGACGCCCUGCUCGAUCUGAUAUCGUUGGAGCGAUUACGACUUAAUAGCAAUCGCUUAAAAUCAAUACCAGAUAAUUUUUUAUCGAGCGCUGCUAAUUUAUUACGAUUAGACCUUUCCCAUAAUGUCCUCUCAGCUGUCCCGAAGCGAGCCUUUAAAGGUGCCACUUCGCUGCGGAGCCUACAGUUGGACAACAACCAAAUCACCUGCCUGGAUGAGCAAGCGGUCAAGGGUUUGGCGGAGCUUGAAAUCCUGACCCUGAAUAACAACAACAUCACCACGUUGCCACGCGAUAUGUUCACCGGAAUGCCCCGGCUGCGUGCGUUGCGUCUUUCGGAAAAUCCAUUCGCGUGCGAUUGUCAUCUGUCAUGGUUGGCACGUUAUCUGAAAAAUGCACCGCGGCUUGCUCCGUACACGCGAUGCCACUCACCCAGUCAGCUAAAGGGACAGAACGUGGCCGAUUUGCACGACCAGGAGUUCAAGUGCUCAGGUCUAACAGAGAACGCUCCGAUGGAAUGCGGCGGUAGAAGCCUAUGUCCGCAUCCGUGUCGGUGCGCCGACGGUAUUGUGGAUUGCCGCGAGAAAAGUUUAACUAGCGUUCCGGCCACGCUGCCAGAGGACACCACCGAACUGCGGUUGGAGCAAAAUUACAUCACUGAAAUUCCACCGAAAGCGUUUGCGAGCCAUCGUAGACUGAAACGGAUAGAUCUGUCCAAUAACAAUAUUUCGCGAGUUGCCUACGAUGCCUUCAGUGGUCUAAAAUCGCUUACGUCGCUUGUCCUUUAUGGCAAUAAAAUUAAGGAUUUGCCGGCGAGUGUUUUUAAAGGAUUAACAUCCCUGCAGCUGCUUCUGCUGAACGCCAACGAAAUAUCGUGCGUGCGGAGGGAUGCGUUCAAGGACCUACAGAAUCUCAGCCUGUUGUCGCUGUAUGAUAACAACAUACAAACACUGGCCAAUGGCACGUUCGACUCUCUCAAGAGCAUUCAAACUUUACACUUGGCACGUAAUCCCUUCAUUUGUGAUUGUAAUCUACGAUGGCUAGGCGAUUAUUUGCAUCAAAAUCCUAUUGAAACGAGCGGGGCACGUUGCGAUUCUCCCAAACGCAUGCAGCGCCGUCGCAUCGAGGCGCUGAAGGAUGAGAAAUUCAAAUGUACCGAAGAUUUUAGCAAAAUUAAAUAUGCUGGUGAGUGUCGAAUGGAUCAGGAGUGUCCGGCUGUCUGUCAUUGCGACAGGACCACUGUAGACUGCUCGGCUCGCGGACUAAAAGAGAUUCCGAGGGAUAUACCGCUCUAUACUACUGAGCUCUUGUUGAACGACAACGAAUUGAAUCGGAUUCGAUCGGAUGGCCUUUUUGGACGAUUACCGAAUCUAGUGAAAUUGGACCUACGACGAAACCAAAUUAUGAACAUCGAACCGAAUGCCUUUGAAGGUGCUACCAAGAUCCAGGAGUUGUAUAUUAGCGAAAACAAGCUACCUGAGGUGCACAACAAAAUGUUCCUAGGACUGCAUCAGCUUAAAACUUUGUCGUUGUACGACAACUUGGUUUCUUGUAUCAUGCCCGGAUCGUUCGACUUUCUUUCAUCACUGUCACAACUGAACCUUGCCUCUAAUCCAUUCCGGUGCAACUGCCACCUGGGCUGGUUCUCGGAUUGGCUUCGCAAAAAGCAACUUGGUGGACCACCGGCUCGCUGUGCGUCGCCGACUAAAGUUCGCGACGUUCCUGUUAAGGAUUUACCCCACUUUGAGUUCAAGUGCCUAUCGGAUGCUGACCAGGGAUGUCUCGGGGAAGGAUAUUGUCCUCCGUCAUGUACGUGUACUGGCACCGUAGUACGCUGUUCACGGAAAAAGCUUAAAGAGAUUCCAAAAUCUAUUCCAUCCGAAACAACUGAACUAUAUCUGGAGUCGAAUGAAAUUUCUAGGAUCCAUACCGACAGAAUCAGUCACCUGAAGGCACUGACCCGACUAGAUCUCAGUAAUAACAAAGUGAGCAUAUUGUCAAACUACACGUUCGCCAAUUUGACUCGGCUAUCGACGCUCAUCAUCAGCUACAACAACCUACAGUGUGUUCAGCAGCUUGCCUUGGCAGGGUUGAAAAAUUUGAAGGUCUUGUCACUGCAUGGGAAUCACAUUUCUAUGGUACCAGAUGGAGCGUUCUCUGAUCUUCAAGCGAUAACUCACAUAGCCCUCGGCAGUAACCCCCUGUACUGCGAUUGUUCACUGAAGUGGCUGUCGGAGUGGGUCAAACGAGACUACGUCGAACCUGGCAUUGCUCGCUGCUUCGAACCGGAACUAAUGAAGGACAAGCUCGUCCUGUCGACGCCAGCUAGUCAGUUUGUCUGCAAGGGCAAAGUCAGCAACGAAACCCUUUCCAAGUGUGAUGCUUGUUACACCUUCCCUUGUAAGAAUAAUGCCGCUUGCAGGGCGCUCCCGGAGCGAGAGUACGAAUGUCAGUGUCCGCCAGGUUACCACGGGGCACACUGUGAGCUGAUGAUCGAUGCGUGCUAUGGCAAUCCUUGUAGAAACAAUGGAACCUGUACGGUGCUUGAAGAAGGUCGUUUCAGUUGUCAGUGCGUCUCCGGUUACACAGGAGCACGAUGUGAGAUAAAUAUCGAUGACUGCACCAAUCACAAGUGCUUGAAUAAUGGAACCUGCGUGGAUGGUGUCAAUUCGUAUAGCUGUGCUUGCUUGCCAGGAUAUACUGGAGAGUAUUGUGAAGCCAAGAUUGAGUUCUGCAGUAAAGAUUUUAACCCGUGCCAGAAUGGUGCCAAAUGCGUCGAUCACUCUACGCAUUACAGCUGCGAGUGUGUUGCUGGCUAUCGAGGGAUCAACUGUACGGAGAAUAUUGACGACUGUGUCAACCACAUGUGUCAAAAUGGUGGAACAUGUAUCGAUGGCAUCAAUGAUUAUGUGUGCAAGUGUCCUUCUGAAUUUACAGGAAAAUUCUGUGAAGGAACACCGAUGGUCGCAAUGCUGUACCCACAAACUUCUCCAUGUCAACAGCACGAGUGUAAAUUUGGUGUUUGCUUCCAGCCGAACCCAUCUAGUGCCGAUUAUAUUUGUAAAUGUGCACCAGGUUAUUCGGGAAAACGAUGUGAAUAUUUGACAAGCUUAACAUUCCUGCAUAACGAUUCUUUCGUCGAGCUGGAACCCUUGAGAACUAAGCCGGAAGCAAACGUUACUAUCGUGUUCAGUAGUACGCAGCAGAAUGGUGUUUUAAUGUAUGACGGAAAUAAUGAACAUCUCGCCGUGGAACUAUUCAACGGUCGUAUUCGUGUUAGCUACGACGUUGGAAACUAUCCCGUCUCCACGAUGUACAGCUUCGAAAUGGUAGCUGACGGCAAGUACCAUCUAGUGGAACUAAUCGCGGUGAAGAAAAAUUUUACCCUUCGGGUGGAUCGAGGUCUAGCACGGUCGAUAAUUAAUGAAGGGACGAAAGAUUUUCUAAAACUAACCAGCCCGAUGUUCCUUGGUGGACUACCACCGGAACCAGGUCAGCAGGCUUAUAAGUUAUGGCAUCUGCGUAAUCUUACGAGCUUCAAGGGAUGCAUGAAGGAAGUGUGGAUCAAUCACAAACAGGUCGACUUCCUGAACGCCGCUCGUCAACAGAAGGUUACGCCAGGUUGUGCUCUGUUGGAUGCCGAGAGCGAAGGAGAAGUCGAAGAUGACUUCAUGCAGGAAACGCCUAUGAUACUCAAGGAGGUGGAUCCCUGUGAGAAUCAUCAGUGCAAACGGGGUGGCAAGUGCAUUCCCAACGGGAAAGGAAGCUACUCUUGCAAGUGUAAGAACGGUGCCAAAGGCAAAUUCUGUGACCAAGGUGAGGGCUCGGUAUCGGUAGUCGUCGACGAGGACCCCUUCAAAGCUCCCCUUUCCGGAUCUUCAACUUGCCGCAAGGAGCAGGUGCGAGAAUUUUACACAGAAAAUGAUUGCAGAUCCCGGCAGCCGUUGAAGUACGCAAAAUGUGUGGGAGGCUGUGGGAACCAAUGCUGCGCAGCCAAAGUCGUACGACGAAGAAAAGUACGCAUGGUGUGUAGCAACAAUACCAAAUACAUCAAGCACCUAGACAUCGUGCGCAAAUGUCAUUGUACAAAGAAAUGCUACUGACUGCAAGACGCGACUACCCGAACAACAUCAACACCAAUAUCAGCAGCAACAUC